ACUGUUAAAAUCUGUUAUAUAUCUAUCUAUAAAUGUGGAACUUGUCUCUUUCGGAUGUUGUCAGUCGGAUUUCCGUAACAGAUGGGCCGCUGAGGAUGACGGUAGAAAGAUGGCGCUGCCCUUGCUGAGGUGCUGCAGCUGUAACAGGCCCGUUUCGAUCCUGAUCCGGUACUUUACAUCGAAGUCAUUUUCAGCGACUCGGUCCAGACGACUCGCCCCCGCGGCGUCUGCAGUGUGUGAUGCUCGCCAGUACAGCUCUGAGCGGGGGAGACACAAACAGAACCAGAAGGUUGUGGUUAUUGGGGUCCCGAACCCCUUCAUCUGGUUCCGAACCCGCAUCUACCUCUUCCUCAUCCGAGCUUACUUCGACAAAGAGUUCAGCAUUGAGGAGUUCACGGAAGGAGCCAAACAGGCUUUCUCACAUGUAUCAAGAUUGCUGUCUCAGUGCAAGUUCGAGGCUCUUGAAGGAUUAGUAGCUAAAGAUCUAAUAGGGAAACUUGAGGAAAAAUGCGCUCAAUUGCCUUUGAGCCACCAGAGGGCGCUGUCUGCUGAGUCCGAUGAGAUCGUGUACACAACGACAGGAGAUGUGGGCAUUUACUAUGAUGAUAGCGGGAGGAAAUAUGUAAGUAUUUUGAUGCGUUUUUGGUACUUGACGAGUGCCAGACUUCCUGAUGAGAGUAUGGAGGGAGCAAGAAUAUUCCAGGUUGCCAUUGGUGAAGAGGGAGAGAGACCAGAAACCAAGAGAUUGCUGACAGCCAAUUAUGAAUUCCAAAGGGAGUUUACUCAAGAUGUGACUCCAGAUUGGAUCAUCACGAGAAUAGAGCACUCAAAACUUCUUGACUAAGUGUGUUUAAUUUGGAUAGGAGAGGUUUUUUUCAUGCUUUUUUCUUUUAAUAUUGCUCAUCAUGCCAAAACUUGUAGGCUCAAUUCACUAACCUUCACUGGAAAAAAAUAAUGCUAAAAUAUUGUCAGCUCCUGGUACUUUCCAUUGGCAAUAGAAGGUUAUAAAUGUUGAUUUGCUGUAUACUUCAGUGUGUUUUAUCUCACUGAUUUCACAUUAUUAACUAUUUUAUUGUUUGUAAUUUAUGGUUUGCUCCUCAUUGAUCAGUUUGGUUAUUAAAAAAUAUAUAUUUUUUAACAUUGUGUGAUGAGUUUUGGGGUGAAGUUGACUGCACAUUGUAAAACUAUACAAGAAAUAUCAGGAGAAAUAAAGAGCAAUUCUUUAGUAUUAAAGCCACAAAGACCACUGCCUGGAUACUAGGGCUGUGCGAUAUUGAAGAAAAAUGCGAUAUGCGAUACGAUAAUGCUUAA